UCCCCACCGCCCUUCACCGCCCCUUCUCACGUUGCUGACUCCCAGGUUACCUAUCUCCCUCUCCCCUGCCUCUAUCCCCCUACCUCUGAUCACUCCUCGGUGGACCCCCCCCUUCCCUUCGUCAGGUUCCUGUACUCAUGGAGUGGCCUCUCCAUGCCGUGCCUUCAUGCCAUUCUUUCCAAACCCACCCCUCCUCCUGGGACGAUGCAUCAGUGGGAAAUAGCGCGGCUGCGUCGAGCCGUGCAGGGGGCGCCAGGGAACAGCGCACUGCUGUUCCAACGAGGCGUGGCUCUGCUAGGGGAGGGUCGGAACUGGGAGGCCAUGCGGGACUUUGAGGCCGUGCUGCUGCUCUCGCCACACAACCACAACGCACGCGCACACCUGGCGCAGGCGCUGCUGGAGGCGGGGCGGAGUGCGGAGGCGGUGGAUGAGCUGCGGGCGGUGAUGGCGGUGAUGCCGCAGUACUGGCAGGUGCAGGUGGUGCUGGGGCAGGCGCUCAUGGUGGCAGGCCAUGCAAACGAGGCGGAUGAGGUGCUGCGAGGAGCAAUGGGCAUGGACGCACGAAAUGCAGACAUCCACCGCAUCUACGCCAACUUCCAGCUCUCCUUGGGCCACCACCACACAGUGCUAUCUACAGCGCAGCACACCCUCAGCCUCGCACCAUCGGACAUCGAGAUGCGCUUCCUGGAAGCGUGUUCUCUGCACGCCAUGGGCCGGUGGGCUGAAGCGGUGCUCAAGUACAACGACCUCAUGAGCCUCACUCCACAACCUGGCACAGACCCUGGCAAGCUCUACCAGGCCUUCUACCAGAGGGAGCUAGCGCAGUACAUGGCAGGGCGGCAGAGCAAGCCCCUCGCUCUCUUCCGCCCGUGCGACCACCUCGGGCGUCUCUUCAACGAGGCGUGGAGCAAGCGCCUGGCGCCAUCUGUGCUGUUCCCGGGCUACGAGCUGCAGAGGGGCGCGCGCACCACUCGCACCACGGGGGACCACGGCAAUGCCAAGGCGGCGUUGCCCGAGCUGUCGCCCGCGCUGCUGCUGCUGCUGGGCGCUGCUGAGAGGGUGGGCGCGCUCACUGCGUAUGACUGGCACGGCUUCCUUCCCAACACACGACAGUACCGCAUGGCAGGGCUGGCUAUGAUGGACAUUCGAGACCUGGUGCGCCACACAUGGCAGCGCAUGGCGGACAAGAGGGCAAGCCAAAUGGGGGAGGGGGUGGCGGCGGAGGGCAGUGGGGCGUCUGAAGGGAGAAGGGGCCAGAGGCGGCAGCAGCGAGAGCAGCAGGAGAGGGGGGAGGAGGGGAAGGGAGGGGGAGGAAUGGGCGAUGGUGCAAGAGGGAAGAGAGGGCGGAGGAGGUGGGGGGAGACAGUGGCGGGGUGGAGGGAGGUGUAUGACCGUGUCGUGAGGUGGCGACAGCUGGCCGAGCCAAGCACGGCUGUGGUGUGGCUGGAUCGACUCAGUGGCAGUGAGCAGCACGCGACGCUGGACACGCCUCUCAUGAACGGGCAGUCCAUCAACGCGCGCUACUCGCCCUACUACAACAGGACUCUCCAAGUACUGCAAUCCCUCUUGCUGAAGGAUGCACCAUCAGAGAAUAAGAAGCAGCAGUUGGCAGCAGCAGGCAGCGUGGAGGAGGUGUGGGCAGCGGUGGGUGCGGACUCGUGGGCCAUGAUUCCCUGCCACAGCACAGCCACCCCGGGCAUGCUGCUCAACGGCACUCGCAUCAGCCUUUCCCGCACCCCCACAUUCUACCGGCUGUCCAUCAAUGUGUUUGCCACGCCAGCGCGCAUCCUCCAGUACGACCACGAGAUGGACGCCGCAUGGAAGGCACUGUGUGCGGCGUACCUGGACUCUGCUCUGAGGGACAGCAACCUGUCGGAGUACCGCCACCGCAUCCAUCGCGCCAUCCUCACCCUCACCUUCUACUGGUACCAGUACGGGCCAUUGACCCGCGGCACAGCCAUGGUGGGGUAUGUGACCAUGCUGGGGCUCUUCCUCGCAGCCGACAUGCAGGUCACGGCGCUUGCACCACGAGGGCUGCAGGUUGACUGGGAGGGCAUUCUGUCCCCACACCUGGACUCCUUCAUUGCUGCUGUGUCCCCCUGGCUCGUGCCCUCCAUCGACUAUGACUGCCCCAUCCUUCACGACCGCCCCUCCGUCCCCAUUGCUGAGUCGCUGCCCUCCCUGCUGCACAUCAUCCACGCUCUCAGCUACUCUGCCCAGCCGGCGCCUGCUGCUUGACGCGAUUCUGAGUCAUCUUUGGGAAUGAAAGAAGAGAACAAUUUAUGCGGUGCAAUUCAGUGCCACGCUGGGAAAUGGUUUCUGUGCUGCACAGCUUUUGUUGGGCUGUACUCAUUGGCCGCUCCUCAUUGUAUCCACGCCCCAAAGUGCUGGUGGCUGCUGAAUAUAGAUUUUCACUCUCAUUUCUGACAAUUGUGAAAGCUUGCUUAGGCCAUCUUGCGAAGGCAGUGUGCUUCAUUCCAGAUGGGUAAUACAUAGUGUCAACUAAUACAUAUAUCGUAUAUGUAGCAGCUAUAUGCUAGAAGGGUCCGUGCUCUUAAAGAGUACAACACCCAACCUUAUAGU